AUGCCGACAUUUAUUCGGUUAUUUAAUGUGAAACUGAAGCUCGAACGUUUAAGCUCGAUGGUCAGCUAUACUCGCCUCGUCAACCAUAGAAAAAUACGCGACUUUUUUUUCUUUAAGAUUGACCAUUUCUCCGUUUCUUUACCUCACGCUAUCCUUGUUCAAACUUAUGAGUGUGUACGUCACCAACAUUAUCUAUCUAUCUAUCUAUCUAUCUAUCUAUGUUUAAUCUCUCUAUAUAUCUAUGUAUUUCAGUCUUUUGGAACCUAUCUCAUCUUUUUCAUAUCUAUCUAUCUAUCUAUCUAUCUAUGUUUAAUCUCUCUAUAUAUCUAUGUAUUUCAAAAUUUCUUUUUUUUCUUUUUUAUUUUCUUUUUUUUCCAAAAUUUAAAAUCUAAGAAAUUUUAUUUCUUUUUUUUUCUUUAUUUCUAUUUUUUUUAUUUUUCUUUCUUUUUAAAUUAUUUCCUUAAAAAAUUCUCUUUCUUUAAUUUUUUUCUUUCUUUUAUUUUUUUCUUUACAAAAAAAAUAAAAUCUUUUAAAAAAAAAUUUUCUUUCUUUCUUUUUUAUAAAAAUUUGAAUUUUUUAUUCUUUUUUUCUUUUUUUUCAUUUUCUUUUCUUUCUUCAUAA